AUGGCAACUCGAGAAAGAGUUUGGGAUAAACCAAUCCCCGUUCCUGAGAAAUUGGCGAAAUCCUGGGCAUUAUUAGAUGUGGACAGAGCUACUGGACGCGCAUUGCGCAUUCUGAUCGAACAGGUAGAUGGAUCUUACCCAACGUUCUUUCUCAAGGUUAACAAAGCCGUAUUGAUCUUAAAUCUACACAAGCAGCCUGGGGAACAUUUGCAGCGGACAAAGGACACCCAUUUCGACCUCUGCGAAUUCGUGGAAAUGAAUGAAGAGAUUCCUGAACCCCAAGAACGAGGCAAGGGACUAGCUCAAUUACACAAAAAUGCACUUUCUCCAAAUGCAAAAUACGGAUUCGCCGUCCCUACUGUCCAGGGCACAAUCCCUCAGUACACCGAAUAG